UACUGGAAGCGUUCGGCAGGCAGGCAGCAGGCAGGCGGGAGGGAGGGCCGCCGAUGGCUCAGUGCUACCUCUGCGUUGGCUUUGAUUCCGAUUUGGAAACUAGGAAGGGGAGAUCUGGAAUUUUUUAUUUGCCUUUUUUUUAAAUUGGUUAAUUUCAUUAAGGUUGGCAACCGAAAUCAGUUUGAACCCUUAGGAUUGCGGGUGACGAGACUGCAAUCCAAACACAGUGCUCGUUUCAAACUGCAUGCCUUGAUAAACCAUCUGUUCGUGGAUUACUUUUAAUUUGAAUGUGAUUUUCAAGUUGGAGAAAUAAAACAUUUUUUUAAAAAAAAUCUGGGAUCUGCUUAGAUUUUGUAUUAAAGCACCCAGUGAGGGUUGCUACCCGAUUUUUAACAAACACGAAAGGUUAUUUAUUUGUAUGCUGGAAUUUUAAUAUCCUACCACGUCCCUUCUAAAUGGAAUUACAGAACCCAGCUAACAUGCCCGGAUCCAUGUCCCCCGGUUACACUGCUUCAGUGCCAUAUAAUUAUAACCAAUUAGAAGGAAGAUUCAAGCAGUUGCAAGAUGAGCGAGAGGCAGUACAGAAAAAGACAUUCACUAAGUGGGUUAACUCUCACUUGGCACGGGUAUCCUGUAGAAUUACAGACUUGUACACGGAUCUUCGUGAUGGACGAAUGCUUAUCAAACUGUUGGAAGUUCUUUCAGGCGAGAGACUUCCCAAACCAACAAAGGGAAGGAUGCGAAUUCAUUGCUUGGAAAACGUUGACAAAGCUCUCCAAUUUCUGAAAGAACAGCGAGUGCAUCUUGAAAACAUGGGAUCUCAUGAUAUUGUGGAUGGAAAUCACAGGCUAACUCUUGGACUUAUUUGGACAAUUAUAUUGAGAUUCCAGAUUCAGGACAUCAGUGUUGAAACAGAAGAUAACAAAGAAAAGAAAUCUGCUAAAGAUGCCCUACUUCUGUGGUGCCAGAUGAAGACAGCUGGCUAUCCCAAUGUCAACAUUCACAACUUCACCACCAGCUGGAGGGACGGCAUGGCUUUCAACGCACUAAUCCAUAAACACAGGCCUGAUUUAAUUGAUUUUGAUAAACUGAAGAAAUCAAAUGCACACUACAAUCUGCAGAAUGCUUUUAACCUGGCAGAGCAACACCUUGGCCUUACUAAACUCCUGGAUCCUGAAGAUAUCAGUGUUGACCAUCCAGAUGAAAAGUCUAUUAUCACCUACGUGGUGACAUAUUACCACUAUUUUUCUAAGAUGAAAGCCUUAGCUGUUGAAGGAAAGCGAAUUGGAAAGGUGCUUGACAAUGCAAUUGAAACCGAGAAGAUGAUUGAGAAAUAUGAGUCUCUUGCCUCUGAUCUCCUUGAGUGGAUUGAACAAACCAUUAUCAUUCUGAACAAUCGCAAGUUUGCUAACUCACUGAUUGGUGUGCAGCAACAGCUACAAGCAUUCAAUACAUACCGCACAGUGGAAAAACCACCCAAAUUCACAGAAAAGGGAAAUCUGGAAGUACUGCUUUUCACCAUCCAGAGUAAAAUGAGGGCUAACAAUCAAAAAGUAUACAUGCCCAGAGAAGGAAAACUCAUCUCAGAUAUCAACAAGGCCUGGGAAAGACUGGAAAAAGCUGAACAUGAAAGAGAACUGGCAUUGCGUAAUGAGCUCAUCCGACAGGAGAAACUGGAACAACUUGCUCGCAGAUUCGACCGUAAGGCAGCUAUGCGGGAGACUUGGCUAAGUGAAAAUCAACGACUGGUUUCUCAGGACAACUUUGGAUUUGAUCUUCCAGCUGUGGAGGCUGCAACAAAGAAACAUGAAGCUAUUGAGACAGAUAUUGCAGCCUAUGAAGAAAGAGUCCAGGCAGUGGUUGCUGUUGCCAGGGAACUUGAAGCAGAGAACUAUCAUGAUAUUAAACGCAUCACUGCAAGGAAGGAUAAUGUGAUUCGCCUAUGGGAAUAUCUCCUGGAGUUAUUAAGGGCACGUAGGCAACGACUAGAGAUGAACCUUGGUCUGCAAAAGAUCUUCCAAGAAAUGCUCUAUAUUAUGGACUGGAUGGAUGAGAUGAAGGUGUUGCUAGUGUCUCAAGAUUAUGGCAAACAUCUCUUGGGGGUAGAAGACCUGUUGCAGAAACAUGCUCUUGUGGAAGCUGACAUUGCCAUACAGGCUGAGCGAGUGAGAGGGGUCAAUGCAUCUGCCCAGAAAUUUGCUACAGAUGGGGAAGGUUACAAACCCUGUGAUCCUCAAGUUAUUCGAGACCGUGUGGCUCAUAUGGAAUUCUGUUACCAAGAGCUAUGUCAGCUGUCAGCCCUACGCCGUGCUCGCUUGGAAGAGUCACGACGUCUUUGGAAAUUCUUCUGGGAAAUGGCUGAAGAGGAGGGAUGGAUAAGAGAAAAGGAACAGAUCUUGUCAUCAGAUGAUUACGGAAAAGACUUAACCAGCAUUGUCCGGCUUCUUAGCAAACAUAAGGCAUUUGAAGAUGAGAUGAGUGGUCGAAGUGGUCACUUUCAACAAGCCGUCAAAGAAGGGGAAGAUAUGAUAGCUGAGAAUCACUUUGGGUCUGAAAAGAUCAGAGAGAGGAUUUCAGAUAUCCAGAAUCAGUGGGCUAAUUUGGAGCAGCUCUCUUCCAUACGGAAGAAACGACUGGAAGAAGCUUCCCUACUUCACCAGUUCCAGGCUGAUGCAGAUGACAUUGACGCAUGGAUGUUGGAUAUCCUCAAAAUUGUCUCAAGCAAUGAUGUUGGCCAUGAUGAAUAUUCAACUCAAUCCUUGGUUAAGAAACACAAAGAUGUGGCUGAAGAGAUUGCGAGUUACAGGUCAAUAAUUGAUUCUCUGCACGAACAAGCUAACGCCUUACCACAGGAGUAUGCAGAGUCUGUAGAUGUUCAGAGCAGAUUGUCUGGAAUAGAGGAAAGAUACAAAGAAGUUGCAGAACUCACCCGGCUUCGUAAGCAGGCAUUGCAAGACACUUUGGCUUUGUAUAAGAUGUUCAGUGAAGCAGAUGCUUGUGAACUUUGGAUUGAUGAGAAAGAACAGUGGCUGAAUAACAUGGAGAUACCUGAGAAAUUGGAAGAUCUGGAAGUGAUACAGCACAGAUUUGAAAGUUUAGAACCAGAAAUGAAUAGUCAAGCAUCACGUGUUGCUGUCGUUAAUCAGAUAGCUAGGCAGCUGAUACACAAUGGCCAUCCAAAUGAAAAAGAGAUCAAGGCACAGCAAGAUAAGCUCAAUACAAGGUGGAGCCAGUUCAGAGAACUGGUGGACAUAAAGAAAGAUGCUCUUAUCUCAGCUCUCAGUAUCCAGAACUAUCAUCUUGAAUGCAAUGAAACCAAAUCUUGGAUCAGGGAGAAGACUAAAGUUAUUGAAUCCACCCAAGAGCUUGGCAAUGACUUGGCUGGCGUUAUAGCUCUUCAGAGGAAGUUAACUGGAAUGGAACGUGACUUGGUAGCUAUUGAAGCCAAGCUCACUGAUCUCCAGAAAGAGGCUGAAAAGUUAGAAUCAGAGCAUCCUGACCAGGCUCGAGCCAUUCUAUCUAGGCUUGCUGAAAUCAAUGAUGUUUGGGAAGAAAUGAAAACGACUUUGAAGAACCGUGAAGAGUCCUUGGGAGAGGCAAGCAAACUGCAGCAGUUUUUGCGUGAUUUAGAUGAUUUCCAGUCCUGGCUUUCCCGCACCCAAACAGCCAUUGCCUCAGAAGAUAUGCCCAAUACAUUGAUGGAAGCAGAAAAGCUGCUUACCCAGCAUGAAAACAUUAAGAAUGAAAUCAAUAAUUAUGAGGAAGACUAUCAGAAAAUGAGAGAUAUUGGUGAGAUGGUGACCCAGGGUCAGACUGAUGCUCAGUACAUGUUCUUACACCAGCGUCUGCAGGCCUUGGACACUGGAUGGAAUGAGCUUCACAAAAUGUGGGAAAAUCGGCAGAAUCUUCUUUCCCAGUCCCAUGCCUACCAGUUAUUCCUUAGAGACACAAAGCAAGCAGAGGCAUUUCUUAACAACCAGGAGUAUGUUUUGGCACAUACUGAAAUGCCCACCACUUUGGAAGGAGCAGAAGCUGCUAUCAAAAAACAGGAGGAUUUCAUGACCACAAUGGAUGCCAACGAGGAGAAGAUCAAUGCAGUUGUAGAGACGGGAAGAAGGCUGGUUAGUGAUGGCAAUAUCAACUCAGACAAAAUCCAAGAGAAAGUGGACUCUAUUGAUGACAGACAUAAAAAGAAUCGUGAAGUGGCCAGUGAACUUCUGAUGAGAUUAAAAGACAACAGAGACCUUCAAAAGUUUCUUCAAGAUUGCCAAGAGCUGUCUCUCUGGAUUAACGAGAAGAUGCUUACAGCACAAGAUAUGUCUUAUGAUGAAGCACGGAACCUUCACAGCAAGUGGCUGAAACACCAAGCCUUCAUGGCUGAGCUCGGCUCCAACAAAGAGUGGCUUGACAAAAUCCAAAAGGAAGGGAUGCAGUUGAUUGCCGAAAAGCCUGAAACUGAAGCAAUUGUGAAAGAGAAGUUGACAAGCCUACACCAAAUGUGGCAAGUACUGGAAAGCACCACCCAAACAAAAGCUCAGCGGCUUUUUGAUGCCAAUAAGGCUGAGCUUUUCACCCAGAGCUGUGCUGACUUAGAUAAAUGGCUGAAUGGCCUGGAGAGCCAGAUACAAUCAGAUGAUUAUGGCAAAGACCUCACCAGUGUCAACAUUUUGCUGAAAAAACAACAGAUGCUUGAGAAUCAAAUGGAUGUCCGUAAGAAAGAAGUUGAGGAGCUGCAGAGUCAAGCCCAGGCACUGAGUCAGGAAGGCAAGAAUACUGAUGAAGUUGAUGGCAAACGUUAUAUAGUGGAGAAGAAAUUCAUGGAAUUGCUGGAGCCCUUGAAUGAAAGGAAGGCUCACCUACUGGCCUCUAAGGAGAUCCAUCAGUUCAACCGGGAUGUGGAGGAUGAAAUUUUGUGGGUUGGAGAGAGGAUGCCUAUUGCCACAUCCACAGAUCAUGGGCACAACCUUCAGACUGUUCAGUUGUUAAUUAAGAAAAAUCAGACACUUCAGAAAGAAAUCCAUGGGCACCAGCCUCGUAUUGAUGACAUUUUUGAGAGAAGCCAAAACAUCCUUACUGACAGCAGCCUUAAUGCCGAAGCAAUCCAGCAGCGGCUUGCAGAUUUGCAGCAGCUGUGGAAUCUCCUGAUUGAGGAGACAGAGAAACGCCACAAGCGCCUUGAGGAAUCCCACAAAGCCCAACAAUAUUAUUUUGAUGCUGCAGAAGCUGAAGCCUGGAUGAGUGAACAGGAGCUGUACAUGAUGUCAGAAGAGAAGGCCAAGGAUGAACAAAGUGCAGUUUCUAUGUUGAAGAAACACCAGAUUUUGGAACAAGCUGUAGAAGACUAUGCUGAGACAGUCCACCAACUUUCCAAGACCAGCAGAACUUUGGUAGCAGAUAAUCAUCCAGAGAGUGAACGUAUUAGCAUGAGGCAAUCGAAAGUGGAUAAGCUGUAUGCAGGCCUGAAAGACCUUGCUGAGGAGAGGAGGGGCAAGUUGGACGAGAGACACCGGCUAUUCCAGCUGAACCGUGAGGUGGAUGAUUUGGAGCAGUGGAUAGCGGAAAGGGAAGUGGUGGCUGGAUCUCACGAACUGGGACAAGAUUAUGAGCAUGUGACAAUGUUGCAAGAGAGAUUUCGUGAAUUUGCCCGAGACACUGGGAAUAUUGGACAGGAACGUGUUGAUACUGUCAAUCGCAUGGCUGAUGAACUCAUUAAUUCUGGACAUUCUGAUGCUGCUACUAUUGCUGAGUGGAAAGAUGGUCUCAAUGAGGCCUGGGCUGACCUCUUGGAACUCAUUGACACAAGAACACAGAUCCUUGCGGCCUCUUAUGAACUACACAAAUUUUACCAUGAUGCCAAGGAGAUCUUUGGACGAAUACAGGAUAAACAUAAGAAGCUUCCUGAGGAACUUGGGCGGGAUCAAAACACAGUAGAAACCCUGCAAAGGAUGCAUACAACAUUUGAACAUGACAUUCAAGCCUUAGGAACGCAGGUGAGACAACUCCAAGAGGAUGCUGCCCGCCUUCAGUCUGCCUAUGCUGGGGACAAGGCUGAUGACAUCCAGAAACGGGAAAAUGAGGUUUUGGAGGCAUGGAAAGCUUUGCUAGAUGCCUGCGAAGGACGCAGGGUAAGGCUAGUGGAUACUGGUGACAAAUUCCGUUUCUUCAGUAUGGUCCGUGACCUCAUGCUUUGGAUGGAAGAUGUAAUUCGUCAAAUUGAAGCCCAAGAAAAGCCAAGGGAUGUUUCUUCUGUAGAACUGCUGAUGAAUAAUCACCAAGGGAUCAAAGCAGAAAUAGAUGCCCGAAAUGAUAGCUUUACAACCUGCAUUGAGCUUGGUAAAUCAUUGCUGGCAAGAAAACACUAUGCUUCAGAAGAGAUAAAAGAGAAGUUACUGCAAUUGACAGAAAAAAGAAAAGAAAUGAUUGACAAGUGGGAAGACAGAUGGGAGUGGCUGAGAUUGAUUCUGGAAGUACACCAGUUUUCAAGGGAUGCCAGUGUUGCCGAGGCCUGGCUAUUAGGACAGGAGCCAUAUUUGUCAAGUCGUGAAAUAGGGCAAAGCGUGGAUGAAGUGGAGAAGCUCAUCAAGAGGCAUGAAGCCUUUGAAAAAUCAGCCGCAACUUGGGAUGAAAGAUUUUCAGCACUUGAAAGACUUACCACGUUGGAAUUGUUGGAAGUACGUAGACAACAAGAGGAAGAGGAGCGGAAAAGACAGCCUCCUUCCCCAGAGCCAAGCCCCAGAACUGGGGAGGAGUCUCAAUGGGAUGGCACAAAAGAACAGGUUGCCCAGAAUGGUUUGCCACCAGACCAGGAAUCUCCCCGGAUGGGAGAAGCAAGAGAAACCAAUGAAAUGGUCAAUGGGGCAGCAGAACAGAGGACAAGUUCCAAAGAGACAAGUCCAGUUCCUUCACCGACAGGCGAUCGCAAAGCCAAGACCAGCCUUCAGGCUCAAACUGCUGCCACUCUUCCAGCUAAAACACAAGAAAUAGCUUCCGCCCAGAUGGAGGGCUUCUUAAAUCGUAAGCAUGAAUGGGAAUCACACAGCAAGAAGGCCUCAAACAGAUCAUGGCAUAAUGUUUACUGUGUUAUUAACAACCAAGAAAUGGGUUUCUACAAAGAUGCAAAGGCAGCUUCCUCAGGCAUUCCAUACCACAGUGAGAUCCCUGUGAGCCUGAAAGAAGCGGUAUGUGAAGUGGCAGUAGAGUACAAGAAGAAGAAGCACGUAUUCAAGUUACGGUUAACUGAUGGCAAUGAGUACCUUUUCCAAGCCAAAGAUGAAGAGGAAAUGAACACAUGGAUCCAGGCCAUCACAUUUGCCAUCUCGUCAGACAAAAUUGAGUUGUCCACAAGCACACAGAGCACCCCAGCUUCAAACCGUGCCCAGACCUUGCCAGCCAGCGUGACAGUAACCAGUGAGUCUAGUCCUGGAAAACGGGAGAAAGACAAAGAGAAGAGGUUCAGCCUUUUUGGAAAAAAGAAGUGAACUCAUUGCUUAUUUGUCCACACUGCACUUCUCUGAUCGUUCCAGUGGAAUUCCAGCAUGCAAGCUCAGAACCAAUACAUUACUCUCCGUGCCUAAUGUUCCUCAAUAUUUUAAUUUCUUUUUUUAUUUAUACAGCAUUUUUUUAAAAAAAAACACAUACUCAAAAAAUUCUAAAGUUAUAAAUACCUGAGGUGCAUUGGGCAACUGUUGAGUAAAAGAGAACCACAUUUCUCCCCCCCCUUUUUUUUAGUGAAGUUAAUAUAGAUUAGGCUUUAGUAUUGAAACUGUUCCUCAAUUUUUUGAGGCUGUCUUCAAAAAAAAUAACACCCCUACUUUGUGUUAUUGGUAUGCAAGGCAGCAGAGCCAAUAAAGUUCACUUUGCCCCUUGGAAACAAAUUACUCAUUUUAGUUUUCACUUCCAUCUGAGAUGGUUGCGCUGAGUCUUCACUCUGUGAUUCUUCCCACUGCAAAUCUAAUGGUUGUGUAUUCUCUUUAUCCUAAUAGAGUGCAGCUUGGCAUUAACUUACCAGUCAAUACCAUUUGUAUACAGGCAUCUGGCUAUAAUUAACAUGAUUGUGACGCUUCCUUGCCCCCCAUCUCCCCACCUGCAUCUGGCAAUGACAGUUAAGAAUGUUGAACCAGAAGGACUUCGCAUACUGAUAAUGGUUUUAAAUAAUCUGUAAUUUUUUUAUUUUUUAUUUUGCUGAAAUACAUUAUAUUGUAUGUUUCAGAUAAUUCUAGUAAAAGUAUAAGACUAGAUGUAUAAUUAAAAAAAAAACCUUUUAAAAUCAUU